AUGGACGCAAUAGUGCUGCAGACAGGGUUCUGGACGAAGUACAACGUUGGGACGGUGGUGCUCAGCUUGGCUCUGUACUUUGCCAUUACCUUCUUCCUGCACAGCCCCCGGCUCCACCAGGCCGCUCCCAAUGACUACUACUUCCCAGGUGUGUCUAUCAAUGCCCUGUCCAAUCCUCUGGUUUGGCUGACCAUCCUGCUGACGUCUGUCACCGCCCUGCUGCCCUCUUUCACCGCCAGAGCGCUGAGGCUUGUCCUGAGCUCCCCCAGCAUGCACAGGGUGCACAGCUCAGAAGGACCUGUGGAGCUGCAGGCUGCUUUCCGCAGGGGCGACUCUCACCGGCGAUCUUCCUACGCCGUGUCUCAGGGGCGGGGCUUUGGACAGCUCCUCACCUCGGGGGCCAGGGUGCACAACACAGCACCCCAGCAGGAUGGGAGGGAAACUGCAGGCGUGACGACAUCGAAGGAAAUGGAGAAAUUGGAGAAGCCAGAGGAUAAAUAGCUCGGACUCUCUUGAUUGAGCAGUAGAGACGAGGAAGGUGUUUUUAUAUUCUUUACAAAUAUUAUUUUUGUAUUACAUUUCACAGUGCAUUUUACGGCAACACAAUGGUUAAAUGACCAAGGAUAAGUCCUUCUGAAAACUGACAUUACUGAAAACCUUGGCAGCAGCUGAAACUUGUCCCUGGCUGGGAGGCCUUUGACUGCCGCUGUGUACUGUGCUGUGAUAGGCUGUCGCUGUACAUACACGUACUGUGUUUGGGUUGGCUGCUGGAUUGUUUAUUGUGAUGUAAUUGACAGCCUCACUUGUGUAUAGUGGUUUGAUUG